AAGUGUCGCACAGGACGUCUUUUUGGUCUUUUGGUCUUGCCAUCAAGAGUCAGAUGUCCAUACUACGCGUCGCUUCUGCCGCCGUGUGCAUCUUAUUCGUAGCUUGCGUUGUGAUAGCGACUAGGAGGGAAAGCCAAGUCGUGGAGCUCGAGGAGAGGAAGAGUGACUACCUUGGGGAUCAACACGCCCUCAACACCGCAGAUGCGAGGACGGAGGCUGAUAAGUUCUUUGACAAGCGGAUCAAGCAUGAUCGUGUUUACCACAGCUCGGCCAAGUCGCUCAAGAAGAAAGGCAUGUCUGCGAGGGCUGCCAGAAGCGAUCUCAACAGCUUCUUUGAUACUCUGGGGCUGACCAAGUCACACCAGAAGGAGGCGGAGCAUGUGAAGAAGAGUCAUCAGAAGACAACAGUGAACAUUUACAUCAACGAGAAAGGAGACAAGAAGAAGAUGGUGAAGGCGCUGGCUGCGAAGAAGCAGGCAGAGUUGAAGAAAGAACAUCAGGCGAAGAAAGUAGCUAGCAAGCCCAUGAGCAAGUUCGACCGCGAGAUGAAGGAAGCAAAGCAGCUCCUGAAGCAGAGCAAGAUGGAGAGAGCCCUAGCUCAGGCUCGCACUGUUGCUCUCAAGGCUGAGGCUCCUUACUACACAAGCUGAGGAAGGAGUGAACUCACUCACUCUCUCCCUCUCUCCUCUCCCUCAACUCGUCUUGAACAUUAAACACGAUGAACUUCCU